CCAGUCUUUUGACCGUUGUUGCCUUGCCCCUCCCCUCCCCUCUCUUCUCUCUCUUCUCUCUCUCUCUUUCCUCUGCCACUGCCGCUGCCACCCACGCUAUCUCUCUCUCUCUCUACAUCUCCCCACAAAUCUUUCUUCGGCUCCUUGGUCCUGUACACACCCACCCAAGGCCAAGGGGUUUGAGGUGGUCGUAGAGUAGAGUAGAGAAGAGAAGAGAAGAAGGUCCUCCUUCGGCUUCAAUCCCAGCCCAGACUGUAGGUUUGUACGAAUCAUCUUCUCGUUCACUGGCUUCAGCUGCAAUGCACAUGUUACCAACAAUUGACCAAUCUACAAUAUCAGAAAUUCUGCCCCGGGCAUGACAUAUUCCUGACAACACAAAGACUCUGGAGACAUGGGAUGUGCUGCUUCCAGAUUGGAAGAUGAGGAGGCUGUUAAGAUGUGCCGGGACAGGAGGGACUUCAUCAAGCAGGCACUGGAACAGCGCAACCGUUUUGCAUCCUCUCACAUUGCCUACAUCGAGUCCAUGAAAUGUGUUUCGAUGGCCCUACAGCGGUUCGUCGCUGGAGAUGAUCGGCACGAGCUCAUUUUUGACCCAUUCAUCUCUCCUGUCAAGCAACAGAAGCCAGAGAUGCUCGGCCUUCCUUAUGGUUCGUAUGAGAAGAGGACUGUUCAUGUUGCCAAGUACUUGAUGUCAGGACCAAACCCAUCGGUGUCAGUUGAAGAGGCCCCACGGCCUGUGGAAACAAUCCGUGUUGAAUCACAUUACCCUGUGGAUGGUUAUGGUGGCACAGAUAGAUUCUUCCCAGCGAACUCCUCACCGAUGAGGCCAUCUUCUCACUAUACACCUUAUGACAGGGCAAGCUAUGUAACUCCAUCACCCCAGGAACCAGUGAGGAAUGCUUAUUACACGCCACCUUAUGACAGGCCAAACUACGUACCUUCAUCGCUCCAGGAGCCAGUGAGGAAUUCUUCUUAUUACAUGCCACAUUAUGCUCCAUCAACCCAGGAGCCAGUGAGGAAUUCUUAUUACAUGCCACCUUAUGACAGGCCAAAUUACAUACCUCCUUCACCCCAGGAGCCAGCAAGGAAUUCUUCUUAUUACAUGCCACCUUAUGACAGGCAAAGCUAUCCACCUGCUCCACCCCAGGAUCCAAGGAGGACAUCUAAUUACGCAUCUCAUGACAAGCCAAACUACCCACCCCCAUCACCCCAGGAACCAGAAUCAUCACAGUGGGACUCCUUCUGGAAUCCAUUCUCGUCGCUGGACAGCUAUCCAUACCCGCGCCCUCGGAGUAGCUAUGACAAUGUGGUCACUGACGAUGAAUUGGCACGGUUACAGCGGGUAAGAGAGGAGGAAGGAAUCCCAGAACUCGAAGAGGAAGAUGAUGAAUGUCAAAAACAUGAACAAAUGCACAACAAAGAUGGGGAGGGGGAGGAGGAGGAUGAUGACGAAGAAGAAUCUGAUGAGGGUGAUGAUGAAGAAGAUGAAGAUGAAGAUGAAGAAUGUGAGCAUUCAGAUGACCAAAGAUGUAUGGCUUCUAACGAGGCCCGCCCAGGAAAUUCGGAAGUCAAUGUCAAGCAAGAACAAAAGGGACAUCAAUCCAAAGGUGUUCAAUGCGCAGACUUAUCCGAGCCCCGUAAUGCAGUAGACCAUGAGAUGAAGGCACAUAAGAAAGAACUGAUGAGGAACAAAGUAGCAAAUGCAGAAGAAACCCCAGGUUUCACUGUGUAUCUGAACCGAAGGCCAACGAGUUUGGUUGAGGCCAUGAAGGAUAUUGACAGUCAGUUCUUGGGGAUCUGUAGCGCUGCUCAGGAAGUCUCACGGAUGUUGGAGGCAAGUCGAGCUCAAUACUCAACCUCAAAUGAUCUCUCUGUAAAGAUGCUAAACCCAGUUGCACUUUUGCGAUCUGCUUCAACGCGAUCAUCAUCUUCCCGGUUCCUUCUUGCUUCUAGUUCAAUAGAUGAUCUUUUUGACAAUGAUACAAGCAGCUGUUACUCUGAAGAAUCUUGCAGUACAAUGUCUGGAAGUCAUCACUCCACUCUGGAUAGACUGUAUACAUGGGAGAAGAAAUUGUACAAAGAAGUAAAGGUGGGUGAGCGGUUAAGACUUGAGUAUGAGAAGAGGAUGGCACAUUUGCGGACCCAGGAUGUGAAAGGGGAGGAGCCUUCUUCUGUUGAUAAGACUCGUGUAGCAUUGAGAAGCUUACAAACUCGGAUGAAGGUGUCAAUACAGACUGUUCAGUCAAUAUCAAGAAGAAUUGAAGUUCUAAGAGACGAGGAGCUGCACCCUCAACUUAUGGAGCUUAUCCAAGGACUGUCGCGGAUGUGGCGAGCCAUGGCCGAACGCCACGACGCUCAGAAGCGGACCAUCGACGACGCCAAGCUUCUCUUCCUCCAACACCGCACAUCGGCUGCGGCCACUGUGGCUCUCGGUCCUCCAGAGGCGACGACGCCGCCUCCCGCCGCCGUCGCCCUUGAGUGCGAGGUCCGAGCCUGGCGUGGAGCUCUGGACGCCUGGCUGUUGGCGCAGCGCGCGUACGCGCGCGCUCUGUCCGCUUGGGCACGACGUUGCCUGGGCAUAGGAACAGGCGCCGCGGCGCCGCGCACCGUGCCGCCGGCGUUCCUGGUGUGCAUGGAGUGGGGGCUCGCCGUCGAAGCGGCGUCGGAGGCGCGGGUGAUGGACGGGCUGGACUUCUUCGUGGCUGGCGUCGGGUCGGUGUGCACGGGAGCCGCCGCGGGCAUGGAGGGCAUGGCGGGGCGCGUGCUCUGCGCCGGCUUGGGCGCCGUGACAGGCGCCAUGGCCGAGUUCGCUGCGGCAUCGGCGGACGGGUAUGACGCCGCGGUGUCGGCGGCGGUGGCCCCUCGCGCGCCGGAGGGACGGGAGGAGGAAAACGCGGGAGGACCGCCGCAACAGUAGGAAAUUCCGCAAAACCGUGGAUAUUUUUUUUGGGGGAGUUGGGACCGUGGUGUUGCAUGUAGUAGGAAGAUGAAGCAUGCAGUCACAUGUGUAAUUUUGUACGUAGCUAAAAAUGCAAUUGCAUGGCUGAUUGUUUGGAGCGACGGUUGCUCCGGUUUAUAUGUUACUAGCACUUAGCAGCAGUAGCAGUGUUACCCCCUGGUGUUUUUCUUCGUAUUGAAGUCUGAUUAGUUUAUGGUGCAUUCUGAA